CCAGAGGUUGGCGAAAGAAGCGCGGACUGAAGUUUAGCAUCAGUAACGGCUGCUCCUCGUAGAGGACUUCUUCACACUGUGCGCCUUUGCCAGAGACUCCCACCUGAUAUGCCAGUGUUCACUGGACACCAUGGGGCCAUUCCACACUUCAGGCAUCACAGGACUUCAGCACACUAUUAACAUGGAUGGCAGGGACGAAUUCAUCGAAGACAAUGAAUGCUGCAGCAACAACUCCCAGGACGUACAAGAGCAGGAUAGCAUCUCAGAAGACAGCGAUAGUGACCUUGACAACCACGGUGAAGACUCUUCAUCCAACACCUCUGCAGACGACCACAUGACCACCAAGAGAACGCAGUGCCGCCUACAAGGAGCGGGAGUCAAAGAGGAGAGCGAGGAAGGGGCAGACCACGGCAACAACUUUGUUUGUCCUCUCUGCACGCUGGAUUUCAGCAGCCCUGAGAAGCUCAUUUCCCAUGUCUACCAGCACACAGCCAUGAUGAGCAAUAGCAAGAGCUAUGUGUGCCCAGUGUGUGGGCGAGCCCUGAGUUCUCCUGGCUCGCUUGGCCGGCAUCUCCUCAUCCACUCCGAGGACCGCCUCUCCAACUGUGCUGUGUGUGGCGCACGCUUCACCGACACCAACAACUUUAACAGAGAGAAGCUUAAAGAUGUCCUCGACACAACCAGGAUGGACGUCUCCGAAGGAGGGGACAGCUGUUCCAUGUCCCUCUCCAGCAGCCCUAUGACCAGCCCGGGCCACGGCACUUGCUCCUGCCAUGGACCAGGCCCCAGUUCAUGUCAGGGCCCUCACCCCUGUCAAGCCCCUGACCCCGAUCCCAACCUAUGUCAAGCCCAUCGUACCUGCCAGGGACCAGCCCACAUCCAGAGCCAGUGUCAAGGCCCCAGACCAUGUCACGGCCUUGGACCAUGCGUGGGGCCUGACCAGGGACCCUCUUUUCCCUCACUGCCCGACAGCCUCCUCUCUGAAGGGCCAUCACUGGUAUCUAUCCCCAAUGCUCUUAACUCCUCUUCCUCAGGCUUUCCUCCCAUCCCCGAUAUCCUGAGCCCUAUGCCGGUGUAUCCUGCCGGAGUGCUGCUGGUGUGCAACAGCUGCGUGGCCUAUCAGCAGUUAGUGGACGAGCAGUCGCCGUUGCGUAAAUGGGCUCUGCGCAGGAAGAAUGAACCCUUGGAGGCCCGCAUGCACCGUCUAGAGCGCGAGCGCACAGCGAAGAAGAACAAGCGGGCGUGUGAGAGUGAAGACGAGAGGGAACUGAGGAGGCUGCGGGACCGCGAGGCCAAGCGCAUGCAGAGAAUGCAGGAAUCCGAGGAGCAGCGGGCACGCAGGCUGCAGAGAGACAGGGAGGCCAUGCGUAUGAAGAGGGCCAACGAGACUCCAGACAAGAGGCAGGCCAGGCUGAUCCGCGAGAGGGAGGCGAAGAGGAUCAAGCGACGGCUGGAGAAGAUUGACCCUGCUCUGAGGACACAGAUAGAGCAUGAUCCUGCUGCCAUGGCCGCUCUCACCGCAGACAUGAGUCUCUUUCAAUUCCCCUGCCCAAUGCCUGUCCCUUCCAUUGAGAACGGUCUGUUCAUGAAGCUGCCCUAAAGGGUCCAGGCCGCUAGGGUGGCGGGGGAAGCCACUGGCCUCUAGCAGCACCAUUAACCUCUGCCAUCCGGCUGCCAUGGUCACAGUGAACCAUUCCUAGGUUUUCCUCCAGCUUCACAAACGGCUUUGUUAAAUACAGCAAAAACUACUUCAAUUUCUAAUUUAUUACAGUUUAGAAAACCUUGGGAACAGGGUUGAGAAUGUUUCAUAUUGUAUGGAUGAUGACAUAAAAGCAUGUUGUAAAGAGAUUUAUCUGUUAGUCAGCAGAUUUAACACAGUUCAUUCUAGUAGGAGCGGCUAUACUUCCUUUGAGGAAAAAAAGAAAUCUUUUUGCACAUGGACCUUCGGUGACAGGAGUGGGGACUUUGUAGCCUCAGCCCCCCUUCCUGCUGGUCCACUCCGCCAGCCCAGUGACUCGUGUUCACUGGUAGCUACACCUCCCUUCAAGCUGCCACCGUGGGAAGUUCAUUUUCUGUCAAACUCUACUACCUCAGCUGGCGCCUCUGUUUUGUGGCUUACUGCGCUCUAACUCCAGGCUUCCAAAGCUCUUCAUGUACUGUACACUACUACAGAGGAUGCAGGUGGGUUCCCACUGUUUUAGUUUAUCACUCAGGCACUUUAAUAGGACACAAACAUUCACAGGAGCAACUGAUUUACAAACGCACCAGUUCCACAUGAAAUUCCCAGGUCUAAAUAUAAUGUUUCUUAGUUCCUAACAGAUAAACUAAAAGAAUGUUUUGUCCUAUUGAACACGCCCGGUGUUGAGCAACAUUCCCACUCACCUGCUCGUACAACUUGAUGCAUUUGCCUCUUUACAUUCUCUUUGCCAAUAUUUUAAUCUGUUUUCUUUUUCCUACCUUGUUACAUUCUGAAUAUUUUGCCAAUGGGAUUUCUUUUUAUAACUUUUUGUGACUGAGCUUCUUUUUGUUUUGGCUCGUAAAAAAAGUCAGUCUUUGCUGCUGUUAUUGUACUGUACAAUACAUUAGUUACCUCUUCUAUAUUUUGGACUCAUCACAUUUAGGAAUAUUGUGCUAAAAUGUUCCAUUAAAUAGUCACAAUGAAACAGUUCUUAAUAUGAUACUUGAAUUCUGCCCACAAAGAUGACGAUGAGUAAAUUACAACAUGAACAUGUUGAGGAUCGUACACGGAGAAUGCAUUGUCUGCAUGCAGUUUGUGUAGCAUUCACAUGCUUUGUAAAGCUACAGUACCUUCAAUAUAUGUGACCUGCACCACUUAAAUUGAGGUGAAGUUAUAUCAUGUCAGGAGAAUUGAUGAAAGAUAUUUAUUGAUUCAUAUGACAGAGGGACUCAUUUUAAACUCUUGUACCGGUUUUAUUUUUAAUUCCCUUCCGUUACUGAGCACUGGGGCUAAUAUCAUGACAUACAGCCCAUACUGGGAGAGAGAUUUUAUUAAUCUAUAUUCAUUAACCUCAUUCCAGCACAUAUUUAUGCAAUAUGAUGUGAAUAUAUUUUUCUUGUGAAAAUGUUUAGGGUUAUUUGUUACCUACUGUGGUAUAAAAUUGUUUUAAUGUUUAAAUUAGAGGCCAUGUCGGGAUAUAUCAUGUUUAAUUGCCUGCCUGUAAGGUUUACUUCCAGCUUUUCUUGACUUCACUGCUCCCAGACGCAAACUUUUAGUGUCAAUAAGUAGUUUCUGAAAUAUUCUUCAACGAAUAUCGGAGACGAGGACAAGAACUGGUUCUGUUUGAGUCACUCCUAGACAAGAGUCAAUCUACUUGGCUGUUUGUUGCAUCAAAUGAAAAAAAACAUCUGACAUCCUCAGAGUGCAUCAAACCUCUAUGCAACAGAUGUUAUUUAUUCAACGGAAAUUAAUUCACUUUUCACUGAAACUAUGCAGAAUGCAACUUUAAUUCAAACUUCAAUGCAAAGAGUUUUGCUUCUCAGGCAAUUUAACUCAGUGAGAGGGCUCCGAGCCUGGAGACGACACCCUGGUCCAUAAGAAGCAUGUCAGACGAUGUAAUGGAAACCGUUUUGAGCAGACUUUCCCAGAGACGCUUUGUUUUUCGAUGUGUUUUCGCUUCCCAGUUCAGCACAUGAAAGCGACAGGUUUCUCACUGCCAUCGUAUUCAUGACAUUCUGUAACGAGGGCAGAUCAGUAUUCUCGACAGAGGCUUCAGGUGUCACUUAUUUCUCUCUUCUCUCAGACUAUGAAUACUGGGUAUUCUCAGAGGUUACUCUUUGAAAUUGCUGUGAUCACCUUUGUCCUCCAGUGGACCAACGUGACAGAAAACUGCAGCGUCUGUGGUCUGACAUACUAUUGUGAAGGAAGUACUCUGAACUCUGAAGUGAUGCUGGUCUUUAACAAGCAGUACUUUCAGUAUGUGGGUUAGGUAAGCACUGCAUGUCGUGAAACUGCACUUGUCCUAGAAUGGUUCAAUAUGAGCGUGUAUUCUGUUAGUUUAUGCCUGCCUGUUUUGUUUUUUUUACUGUUGAAUCAAAAGAAAAAUGUUGUUAAAAAUAAAUAAAUUGGCCUUUCUAUUUUAAUUCUAUCAGGA